AUGUUUGAUCACUCACCGGAUCUAUUGAUUCAUGGCCCAUUUCCGAUUCACGCUCUGGCGCUCGGUCAUUGCUCGUGCGAUGCAGCAGAGGUGAGACCUGCAGCCAGGACAGUAAAACCCCAGCGCAUUACCUCCCUACCUGCCCUUACUCCCCCGUCAAAUAGAGCCGUACUGACAAUGGACAGCGCGCUUUCCAACUACCCGUACCUGACCUACGACGAGUUCACAGCCAGCAUUGCAGCAUUUUGCAGGCAGUACCCAGACUGGACAAUUGUGCAGAGCCAGGGCCAGCAGUACCUCUACCACGAGCAGACAACAGCAUCCACUGCAUUGUUGACACAACACCCAGGCGAAUCGAGCGACAUCGAAGACGAUGAUCCGGCCUGGGACGCAAGCAUGAAUGAACCCCCAAACACUGCGUGCCGCACCGAGUACCACGCGGUGUUCAGCCGGACAUGGCAGGUGCCCGUGCUGUACCUGCGGGUGUUUAACGGGGGUGAGCACGUGAUGGAUGUCGAGAAGGUCAAGCGACUGCUGGUGCGUGACGCGGGGCUCAGGGCGUCCAUGGACGCAGUGGGGUUUGGCGGGGCGCUGGGGAUCCAGGACCACCCGCUAUUGAAUGUGCCGUUCCUGUACCUGCACCCAUGCCACACCGCCACGCUGCUCCGGAGCGUCGCAGCAGCUGAGCAUGGCAUUGUUGUCGGGACAUCGGCGUACAUGGCCGCCUGGCUGAGUCUGACGGGCCAGGCGGCAGGAGUGGUUCUGCACACACCCCCCGCAGAGUAGCAUGGGCACCCCAGUCGUGACCGACGACCAGUGUUGUUUGGAAGGAAAAGAGGGGGCCAUCCGGCGAUCAAUCCGCCAGGUGUCCGCAUAGGGAAACACUGGGGAGGAAGGAACGGGCAGAUUCCAAAACAAAAACCUGGGCUAAAUUGCGCAUAAAGAAGUGUGCUUUAUCCAAAUAGUUCCUGUAUAGAAGCCGGAAACAGCCAACCAGAAAGAACGUAGAGUUUUGCACAAAACUGCACUUUACGCCCAGCAAGGCGCACUGGUGCGCCGGUUAUUGCAUUCCAGCUCGCUCUCUUGCUUGUCUGCUCUGAUACCUCUCCUCUUCUAUUUCUGCCCAGAC